AUGGGGUUAUGGGGUGGGGUAAGGCCAGGAGUAGAGGGUGUGGUGAAAUAUGGGUCAGUUUUAAAGUCUCCAGUGAUAUCCAAGGGUGUAAUGGAGAAUGAACCAGAAUGGAAAGUUGAUCCAUGGUAUCUGGCAUCCGCUGGUGUAGAUGGUGUGAAGGUGGAUGUGCAAAGCAUUUGGAGAGUCUUGGCACUGGUUUAUCAGGUCGUGUUGAGGUCACUAAGUAAUACCAUCAGGCACUUGAUGCUUCUUGCUAAGAACUUCUCAGAUAAUGGUUGCAUUGAUCGCAUGAGCCAAAAUACUGAUUCCCUUUAG